GAAUAACACAUUUAUUCCGAAAUACUUCACAAAGUCAAUGGCCAACAGCAAGUUUCGUAUGGGUUCAAGUGUCGCUAUAACAAAUAAUCCUGCAUAUAAAUGUGAACACAAUAAAGUUUCGGCCCAGUGUGUGUGGGCGUGUGUCCAAUAACCAAGGCAACUAGAAAUAAACGCCCACUCCGGCGAAAACAGCUUAAACAUAAUCAUUUCGCAGCUUAGAAGGCGUUAAACGCAUUUAAGCCGGGUCAAGUAAGUGGCCGAGAGGACAAAGGACCCGCCUCUUGUGGCUUCGGUGGUCAGUUGAAAAGUCCCUUCGUACAAGAAACCCCAGGCAAACCAAGGAUAUCCAUUGAAAGUCGAGGGAGUGGCAAAAGGAAUUCCAAAUCCCAUUCUGCGGAUACGAGCUUAGUUUCUGAGCAGAAGUAACCGAAGUGCUGAAUACCAGGAUGUGGUAGAAUGAGUGACCACGACCACAUCGAUUCGGUGAAUGCCAGCGGGAGUAAUCCGCUCCUGGAGCUGCACAACCUAGAUGGCAUCGGCGAGAGCGUGGAGCUGCAGUGUCUGGUGCAGGAGCACAUCGAAGCCUCGACCUAUGGCAAUGCCAGUGACCACUGCCUCACCCAGUUCGACUCCAUCCUGUGCUGGCCGAGGACAGCCCGAGGAACCUUGGCGGUGCUCCAGUGCAUGGACGAGCUGCAGGGGAUUCAUUACGAUAGCAGCAAGAAUGCAACGAGGUUCUGCCACGCCAAUGGGACCUGGGAGAAGUACACAAACUACGAUGCCUGCGCCCACCUCCCCGCCCCCGAAUCGGUGCCGGAGUUCGAGGUCAUCGUGGAGCUGCCCACCAUUAUCUACUACAUUGGCUAUACCCUGAGUCUGGUAUCGCUCUCGCUGGCGCUGAUUGUUUUCGCCUACUUCAAGGAGCUGCGUUGCCUGCGCAACACCAUUCACGCCAACUUGUUCUUCACGUACAUCAUGUCGGCUUUGUUCUGGAUACUCCUGCUGUCCGUCCAGAUAUCCAUCCGCAGUGGAGUGGGCAGCUGCAUUGCAUUGAUAACCCUCUUCCACUUCUUCACCCUGACGAACUUCUUUUGGAUGCUGGUCGAGGGAUUGUAUCUGUACAUGCUGGUGGUCAAGACCUUCUCGGGGGACAAUCUGCGAUUCAAUAUCUACGCCUCCAUAGGUUGGGGUGGUCCUGCCUUGUUUGUUGUCACCUGGGCGGUGGCCAAGAGUCUGACGGUCACCUACGACGCCCCCGAAAAGUACGAAAUCAACUGCCCCUGGAUGCAGGAGACCCACGUGGAUUGGAUUUACCAGGGACCCGUCUGUGCGGUGCUAAUCAUCAAUCUCACCUUCCUGCUGCGCAUCAUGUGGGUUCUUAUCACAAAGCUGCGCUCGGCCAAUACAGUGGAGACUCGUCAGUAUCGGAAAGCGGCCAAGGCUCUGCUUGUGCUCAUCCCCCUUUUCGGAAUUACCUACCUGGUGGUUUUGGCCGGUCCAUCGGAGUCCGGCGUAAUGGGUCACAUGUUUGCUGUACUGCGAGCGGUUUUGCUCAGCACUCAGGGCUUCUCGGUGUCGCUGUUCUACUGUUUCCUCAACUCGGAGGUGCGAAAUGCUCUCAGACACCACAUUUCCACGUGGCGGGACACCCGAAACAUCCAGCUGAACCAGAACCGACGUUACACGACGAAAAGUUUCACGAAGGGCGGUGGUUCCCCUCGAGCCGAGAGCAUGCGACCCUUGACCAGCUACUAUGGACGCGGAAAGCGGGAGUCCUGCGUGAGUUCGGCCACCACCACCACGCUGGUGGGUCAGCAUGCACCACUGUCGCUCCACCGCGGAUCCAACAAUGCCCUGCACACGAUGCCCACUCUGGCGCCGAAUGCCAUGAGUUCCGGCAGCACUCUGAGCGUAAUGCCCCGGGCCAUUAGUCCCCUGAUGAGGCAAGGACUCGAGGAGAACUCGGUCUAGACAAAUCCCUAGCAACUGCAUCUUAAGAGACUGAACUUUCAUUGAAUUCCACUUCCGUGUCGCAGAUCGAGAUCGAGAUCUGCGAGUGCGAUUAGUUAGCUAGUACUGUAUUUUAGGCAGGAGUGCGAUGAAAGAACGAAACCAAGUACCAAGCAGAAAAGGCAAGGAAAGCAACUUAAGUUAGGUCAAUCGUUUUAAACUGUUUGAUGUCGUCUAUGUGAACUGCUGAGAGCCCCACAAACCCAAACCAUAGGAAAAACCCGUGCUAUGUACUCUGUAGCUGUUGAAUGUAACUCAAUGUGCAAAUGGAUUAAUUCUCUGUAUGAACACGAAAUCUGA